AUGGCAAACAUGGCAAGUGCAUGCGCCCUCAUCCUGUCAAACAGCAGUGACUACCAGCGUAACAUCUUCUACUACAUGCGCUCCUGGCGAACGAAGGAUGCUGUGAGCACCUGCGUGUUGGUGACUGUCAGUGCCAUAUCCAUCUGCGUCAUGGUCGUCUGCGGGGUCUACAUUGGCAGGGAGUAUGCGCUCUCCACAGCCUACGAACCAACCAACUGUCGGGUGAUCAACGUCAGCAUGAUCGGCAACGAACCUUGCAACUAUUGCAACAACCCAAAAGAAGUAAACCGACCAAGUUACAAUCAGAUUCAUCCUCCCAAGAACGAUAACGUAAACAACGUCCUUCCUAACAAACCAGCAUGCGACGAACGGAACAAUUCGGAUCACAAUAGGAACGCAACGAAUAAAAACAUCCACACAGUUCACCAGCAACCAGCAUCAACAUUAACAUCGUCGUUGUCAUUGUCGUCAGUCUGCAGCAUUUCCUACUACCCUUGCUACCAGGUUAUGGUUAGCUACAGGGCCCACAAUGCCUCCCACGAAAGUGUAGCCCUCAUGCAUCUAACCAGUCUCGAUUCAUUGGGAAAUCACAAAAAGUGUUCCUUCUAUUCGUGUCACAAAGAAAGUGAAAAAAACAAAAAAGAAAUCGAUACAUCUGCGUUGGAAUAUCAAAAUAUGCUGCUGCCACAACACGAUCAAAAACAUCGACAACACGAACAGCAACAACAACAACAACAGCUCUACAAUGAACGCCAUCAUCAACAAAACAUACAGCAGCAACAACAACAACAUCAACAACAACCUCAUCAAAAACAUCAUGACAGUAACAGUUACAACAGCAAUUUCAAGCAGCAACAGCAUGAAAACCGAUCAAGAAAAACUUCCACUGAAACAAACACAUGUCAUUCCAUUAAUCUCAACGCCAUCUUUCUUUCCGUCAUCAUCCUUGUUGUCAUCAUCUUCAUCUUCAUUGUCAUCUUCCACAUCGUCGCCGUUUUCUUCCUCAUCGCCAUCGCUCUCUGCGACUUAUUUGUCGUCGUCAGAGCCACAGCAGCAGCACACAUUCCCAUGUUAUUACAACAAGGUCAACAGAGAUGA